GCGUCGAAUGACCGCAUACUUCCAACAGAGGGACACACAAACAGCAUUAAACAAACCCUCACGGAGCUUUAAAUCAUCAUUUUGCCGUUCCACUUACACACAAGUAGACAAAAGAACAACCAUCAUGUCGAUGUCAGCGGCGCAGACGAGGACAACUCUUCAAGAGGUGAUGCAAUACGCGGAGGAGGGCAUCCACUACGAUGACGAUGGGGAGCUUGAACUAUUCACGGAGAGAGUGCCGAGUUACUUCGGUAUCAGAGUGAAUAUCCGUGCAAGCAUCGCUGCGAAUGGAAAGGAGUCUCUCAGAGCACGGAUGCUAUCGGCACGGUUCACUGAGGCGCAUGAUUUGCGUGUAGACAACAGUGUUGAUACCAGUGCAUACAGUUUGAGAAAAGUGGUUGGUUGGAUGUGCACAGAAGGGAUGUCUGAUGAAGGGGACGUAGAUAUGACAAAGCACCAGAAGGGUGGAACAUACAUGCCAGCCGAUUUCAAGCAGAUGCUCAUGACACAAACGAAGAAAUGGGGAAUGUUUGUUGAAGAUUGUAAGGACAAGAUGAAGAACGGUGCAACAGAAAUUUUAGUACUCUCGCGUUUGAAGGACAUACCGCAAGCUCCCCCGCAAGACUUCCAAGAUCUUCCUGUAAUUAUUGCAAACGGGGUGAAGUAUGUUUUACUCGACCAACUGGUGGAUUUCAUGACAAAGAAACAUGACGAUCGGAAUGUCAUACAUGAGGCAUUGCAUGAUGUGACAGAGCAAGCACUGGCGGGCAAGGACCACAUUAACUACAAGGUGCGGAGUGUGGAGGAGGAUGUCGUAUGUGGUACUCCAUUGUGGGAUGGAAUAUUCAUGGCGGCUUUGCAUCGCCUCAGCAUUGCGACUUCUGAGGUGGACAGAAAGAGGUCAAGGGAAGAAGGAUGGAAGUUGGUGGCCAGGGAAGCAAAUGUUGCACUUCAUGCAGCAGAUGAACACACUUCACCAGGGGAAGAAAUUGUGAGAACUGUCUCCAUCGUGCGUUCUCCAAUAAACACAAUGUCCAUGGAGGAGGUAGAAGAAGAAGAUGUGUUCAAUAAGUGGACAAUGACGGAACAACAACGGGAACAAGGGUUCGAAGACUCUUCUUUAUCGAUCGAUUUCGAAUAUGACAUUGAAGAAACAAGAGUGAGGAACAAUGAAAAAUAUGCGAGGUUGCCUAACUAUGAGGUCGAAGUGAGUGGCAGCGAUGUGAGCAGCGACGAGGAGGGUGAGGAAUAUGAUGCCUACUGGGAUUUGGAAGCAGGAGGAGGACAAGCGUCAAAAGGGUGGGCACAUGCGAUUCUUAGGUUGACACGUGUAUUCUCUAAUCCCCAUUUACUGUUGCGUGUCGUGCUAAAGGACGCAACACCUUAGAGCGCACUCCAGUAUGCAGCACUGACGC